GGCACGUGGGGCGGAUCCCCGCGCAGACCUCCAGGCGGCUGCUGCACGGGUUGCACCUCAGGGCCCGGGAGUUCGGCGGCCGGAGGACGUGCCUCAGGGAUGGCGAUGGCCAGGCGGGUUCCGGGCGGGACACCACAGCCAAUGCUGCGGCUGCUGUGGCUGCUGUGGCUGCCAGAUGCCUUCCCGGCCGCCUCGGCCCCGGCCCUGGCCGUGGCCCGAGCCAGCCUGCUGCCGCCCUAUUUCAACCUGGCCGAGGCAGCGAAGAUUUGGGCCACCGCCACCUGCGGAGAGCGGGAGCGUCCCCGGCCGGAGCUCUAUUGCAAGCUAGUGGGGGGCCCCACCGCUCCGGGCAGUGGACACACCAUCCAGGGCCAGUUUUGUGAUUAUUGCAAUUCUGAGGACCCCAAGAAAGCACAUCCAGCUACCAAUGCGAUUGAUGGAUCUGAACGCUGGUGGCAGAGUCCUCCUCUCUCCUCUGGCAUGUGGUACAACCAAGUCAAUGUCACUUUGGAUCUAGGGCAGCUCUUCCACGUGGCCUAUGUCUUAAUCAAAUUUGCUAAUUCUCCUCGGCCUGAUCUUUGGGUCUUGGAAAGGUCUGUAGACUUUGGAAUCACCUACUCACCUUGGCAAUAUUUUGCACAUUCUAAAUUAGACUGUUGGGAACAAUUUGGGCAGGAGGCAAAUAUGGCUAUCACCAGAGAUGACGAUGUACUUUGUACUACUGAAUAUUCCCGGAUUGUACCUUUAGAAAAUGGUGAGGUUGUGGUGUCCUUGAUAAAUGGCCGUCCAGGGGCAAAGAAUUUUACUUUCUCUCGAACCUUGAGGGAUUUCACCAGGGCAACAAACAUCCGCUUGCGUUUCCUUCGAACGAACACCCUUCUUGGACACCUCAUCUCUAAAGCACAGAGGGACCCAACUGUGACCCGGCGGUAUUUCUACAGCAUAAAGGACAUUAGCAUUGGUGGACGGUGUGUUUGCAAUGGCCAUGCAGAGGUGUGCAACGCAAAUAAUCCUGAAAAAUUGUUUCGGUGUGAAUGCCAGCACCACACCUGCGGGGAGACAUGUGACCGCUGUUGUGUGGGGUACAAUCAAAGGCACUGGCUGCCUGCUACUCGGGAGCUGAGCAAUGAGUGUGAAGCAUGCAACUGCCAUGGCCAUGCCAUGGACUGCUACUAUGAUCCAGAUGUUGAGAGGCAGCAGGCAAGUUUGAAUGCACAAGGCAUCUAUGCAGGUGGAGGGGUCUGCAUUAACUGUCAGCAUAACACAGCUGGUGUAAACUGUGAAAAAUGUGCUAAGGGCUAUUACCGCCCACAUGGUGUUCCAGUUGAGGCCCCCCAUGGCUGCACCCCUUGUAGCUGUAACCCUGAGCAUGCGGAUGACUGUGAACAGGGGUCAGGUCGCUGUCACUGCAAACUGAAUUUCCAAGGAGACCAUUGUGAGAAGUGUGCUGUUGGCUACCAUCACUUCCCAUUAUGCUCAAGAAUUCCCAUUUUCCCUACCUAUACUCCAAGUGCAGAAGAUCCAGUAGCUGGAGAUAUAAAAGGGUGUGACUGUAACCUAAGCGGAGUUCUCCCCCAAAUUUGUGAUGACCAAGGAAGGUGCCUGUGCCGUCCUGGGGUUGAGGGCCCUCACUGUGACACCUGCCACUCAGAUUUCUACUCCUUCCCUAUCUGCCAAGCUUGCCAGUGUUCACCUCUUGGCUCCUACCAGACUCCCUGCAACCCAGUGACUGGACAGUGCAAAUGCUUUUCAGGGAUCACAGGGAAGCAGUGUGACAGGUGUCUAUCGGGUGCCUAUGACUUCCCCUACUGCCAAGAUGCCAGCAGUGCCUGUGACCCAGCCGGUACCCUUGACUCCAGUUUGGGAUAUUGCCAAUGCAAGCUUCGUGUUGAAAGUCCUACUUGUCAUGUCUGCAAACCAUUAUACUGGAAUCUGGCCAACACAAACCCUAAUGGAUGUAUAGAAUGCCAGUGCCAUGUAGCAGGAACAGUGAGUGGACUUGGAGAGUGUGGGCAGCAAGAUGGUGACUGCCACUGCAAGUCCCAUGUUACUGGCGAUUCUUGUGACACAUGUGAAGAUGGAUAUUUUGCUUUGGAAAAGGACAAUUACUUUGGAUGUCAAGGAUGUCAGUGUGAUGUCGGUGGAGCCAUCAGCCCUAUGUGCAGCAGGCCAUCUGGGGCAUGCCAGUGUCGAGAGCAUGUUGUGGGGAAGACCUGCCAGCGACCUGAAGACAAUUACUACUUCCCGAAUCUGCAUCACAUGAAGUAUGAAAUUGAAGAUGGCACAGUACCUAGUGGACGAGAACUUCGAUUUGGCUUUGACCCCCGGGAGUUUCCUGAAUUUAGCUGGAGAGGUUAUGCCCAGAUGACCUCAGUGCAGAAUGAAGUAAGGAUCAUGUUGAAUGUACGGGAAUCAAGCCUUUCCUUAUUUCGUGUUAUUCUGAAAUAUGUUAACCCUGACACCAAAGAAGUAUAUGGUCAUGUAACUAUUUAUCCAUCUUCUGAUAAUGCAGGUGCUGCUCAAAGCAAAGAGGUCAUCUUCCUGCCAAAUAAGGAGCCAGCCUUUGUUACCAUCCGUGGAAAUGGUUUUGCAGAUCCAUUUUCACUUACACCAGGAACCUGGAUUGCUUGCAUUAAAGCCGAGGGCGUUCUCCUGGACUAUCUGGUACUACUCCCCAGGGACUAUUACGAAGCACCCUCACUGCAGCUUCCAGUCACAGAGCCAUGUGUGGACACAGGAAGUCAUGGAGAGAAUUGCUUGCUUUACCAGCACUUGCCAGUGACUGGAUUCUCCUGUACCCUGGCAUGUGAAGCCAGACAUGUCCUGAUUGAUGGGGAGCCAAGACCCUUGACAGUGAGGCAGCCCACCCCAGCACACCCAGUCAUGGUGGACCUCAGUGGGAGAGAGGUGGAGCUACACCUGCAGCUGUGGGCCCCACAGGUGGGCCGCUAUGUGGUCAUGGUUGAAUAUGUCAGUGAGGCAGAGAAGCUGAGUGUGGUGGAUGUGGAUGUGGAGAGCCCUGACUCUGUCGUGGCAGGCCAGGUGGAUGUCUACAGCUGCAAAUACAGCGUCCUGUGCAGGAGCCUUGUGACUGAUGGCCAGAGUCGCAAGGCCGUGUUUGAGCUGCUGGGAGAUGCAAACAUUCGGCUCAAAGUGCAUAUGGCCCGAUUCCUCCUGCAUCAGAUUUGUAUCAUACCCAUUGAAGAAUUCUCAACUGAAUAUUUGAGACCUCAGGUCAAAUGCAUUGCCAUCCAUGGACAAUUUGUUAAUCAAAGUGCCACCUGUGUCUCCCUGGCCCCUGAAACGCCUGCAAGAGCCUUAACUUUUAGUGUUCCGAGUAGCGGGGAUUCCCCUCCCCUGCGCCAGGGGCCUUCACCUUCUGCAGGGGUUGUUAGUGGAAUCACCUUGAAGGCUCCACAGAACCAAGUGACCCUGAGAGGACUCAUACCACACCCGGGCCGUUAUGUCUUUGUCAUCCAUUUUUCUCAACCAGCGCACCCAAUGUUUCCUACACAGGUGCUGGUGGAUGGGGGUCAUCUGUCUCCAGGGAGUUUCCAUGCUUCUUUUUGCCCCCAUGUGCUUGGCUGCCAAGACCAAGUGGUCACUGAAGAUCAGGUUGAGUUUGACAUCUCAAAACCUGAGGUGUCAGUGACUGUGAAAGUUCCAGAAGAAAAGUCCUUAGUGUUGGUUCGUGUUCUAGUAGUGCCUGCAGAGAAUCAUGACUACCAAAUCCUUCACAAAAAAUCAGUGGACAAGUCACUUGAGUUUAUUAGCAGUUGUGGAGGAGACAGCUUUUAUAUUGACCCUCAAAUGGCCUCCCAGUUCUGCAAGAAUUCUGCCAGGUCCCUGGUGGCCUUUUACUACAAGGGUGCACUGCCUUGUGAAUGCCACCCCACCGGGACCUUGGAGCAUCAUUGCAGUCCAGAGGGUGGGCAGUGCCCAUGCCGGGCCAACAUUAUUGGGCGGCAGUGUACCCGCUGCCAAACAGGCUAUUACGGAUUCCCGCACUGCAAGCCAUGCAACUGUGGCAGGCACCUCUGUGAGGAGGUGACAGGGACAUGCAUCUGUCCUCCCCGGACGGUCAGGCCACGGUGCGAGACAUGUGAGUCUCAUGCCUUCAGCUUCCACCCUCUGGCUGGCUGUGAAGGUUGCAACUGUUCCAGGAAGGGUACCGUCGGGGCUGUAACCCCAGAGUGUGACAGGGACCAUGGACAGUGCAGAUGCAAGCCCAGAAUCACAGGGCAGCAGUGUGACCGUUGUGCUCCUGGGUUUUACCGCUUCCCUGAGUGCAUUCCCUGCCAUUGUAACAGAGAUGGCACCGAGCUGGGAGUCUGUGACCCAGGCACCGGAGCUUGCCUCUGCAAGGAAAAUGUGGAAGGCAGAGAAUGCAGUGUGUGUCGACCAGGAUCAUUCCAUUUGGACCGAGCAAACCCCAAGGGCUGUACCAGCUGCUUUUGUUUUGGAGUAAGCACUCGCUGCCACAGUACACAGAAAAGGAGAGCUAAGUUUGUGGAUAUGAUGGGCUGGCACCUGGAGGCUGCACACGGAGCACACAUCCCAGUCUCGUUCAACCCAGGCAGCAGCAGUGUGGUUGCAGACCUUCAGGAGCUGCCCUCCACAGUCCACAGUGUCUCCUGGGUUGCACCUCUUCCUUACCUGGGGGACAAGAGGUAUGGAGUGGAAUUCAGUUUCCCUAAAUUUUAUAGCAUUGAAACCAAUGUAUGUCUUGAAUUUGAUAGCAGCUUUCUUUUCUAUCUUCACCUUAGGUCAUCUGACAGUCCCCAAGUACUUGACUUGGUCAAUAAAAGUACCAAGAGAGAUGUGUCUCUGGGAGACUGCAGUUUAAACAAGCCACCAUUUCUGAUGUUGCUUAAAGGUUCUACAAAGUUUAGCAAAGCCAAGACUUUCAAUAUUAACCAGCCACUGCAGGACACCCCAGUCGCCUCCCUGAGGACCAUGGAAGUGUGGCAAGACCAUCAGUCUUGCCUACCCCCUAUCCAGGCUCAGCCCAGGCGUGGAGCCCUACGGUUUGGGGACAGUCCCACCAGCCAUGUGCAAUUCAAACUUCCCCAGGUGUUGCUGCAACACAGGGUGGGGUUUACUGUGGACAUUCAGACGGUGUCCUCCAGAGGGCUGGUAUUCUACGCAGGCACCAAGAGCUCCUACAUGGCUCUCUACCUCUCAAAUGGACGCCUGGUCUUCACCUUGGGAGCAGGAGGGGAAAAACUGAGGCUCAAAAGCAAAGAGAAGUACAAUGACGGCAGGUGGCACAAGGUGGCAUUUGGACAAGAUGGGGGAAAGGGACACUUGGUUGUGGAUGGUCUGAGGGCUCGAGAAGGAAGCUUUCCUGGAAAUUCCACCAUCAGCCUCACAGCUCUGGUUUACCUAGGAUCAGCUCCAUCACGGAAAUCAAGGAGUCUCCCACCAAACAGCUUUGUGGGAUGUCUGAGGAACUUUCAGUUUGAUUUGAAGUCUUUGGAAACCCCUUCUGCAAGUUUUGGAGUGUCUCCCUGCCUGGGUGGCUCUUUGGAGAAAGGCAUUUAUUUCACCCAGGAUGGCGGUCACAUCACCAUAGCUAAAUCUGUGCUGCUGGGGCCGGAAUUUAGACUUGUUUUCAGCAUUCGCCCAAGAAGUCUUACUGGAAUCCUAAUAUACAUUGGAAGUCAACCCGGGAAGCACUUAGGUGUUUAUCUGGAGGCGGGAAAGGUCACGGCUUCUGUCAACAGUGAAGCAGGCGGGAUCUCGACAUCAGUGACACCUAAGCAGUCUCUGUGUGACGGGCAGUGGCACCUGGUAUCAGUCACCAUAAAGCAAUACAUUCUGCACCUGGAACUGGAUGCAGACAAUAGCUAUACAGCUGGACAGCUCCCCUUCCCACCCACCAGCACUCAGGAGCCGCUAUACGUGGGAGGAGUCCCAGCCACUUUGAAAACCCUGAAGCUCCCUGUAUGGAAACCAUUUUUCGGCUGUCUGAAGAAUAUUCAAGUCAACCACAUUCCUAUCCCUGUCACUGAAGCUGGGGAAGUUCAGGGGACUGUCAGUUUGAAUGGCUGUCCUGACCACUAACUCAGAACUACUACACAGCGAGGAGGUUCAACUUUAUGAGCUGAUUUCCCACAGAACAUCCCUUCACCAUUCGAGAUUAUUCUAGACUCACAAUAGGAUCCAGAUAGACUUAUAGAAAACUUAAUUUUGAAUUCUGAUUACCUUUAUCCAUAAUUUUAACAUUCAGUGCCAUGCAUGUAUUUUAUAUAAAAAUCCUAUUCCUUGAAAAUGAUGAACAAAUUGUCACCUGCUUUUGGUAAUAUUUUCCACUACAAAUUAAACAUCUUUUAAGGAAUGCUAUCUCCCACCUGUUAAAAUAAUAAAUUCAUUUUAAAGCACUUUAAAAAUACCAAAGUUUUACAUAUAUUCAGGGGUUAUAAUUUAUGGGGUUAAAUAA